GUAGCAGGUGGAUCGCGCCGAACUGUCGAGCGAUUGGUACUCCAGCGCCGCGCCGCGUCAACCCGGCGGCGGUGGGGGACCGCGAGAGCAACGGCCGACACAAACGCCUCCUUCUGCGCGGGGCCGCCGCUCGGCGCCAAGCUGGAGCCCCAACAACAACCCCCAGCGGCGGCGGCGGAAGUGUCGAGGGGGGAGGAGGAGGGAGGAGGCAGCGGCGGCCCUCCCAAGCCGGCCCCGACGGAGCUGCCCCCGCCGGAGCCGGCUCAGACCCUGGUGUUCGUGGAUGCCGAGACGACGGGGCUGCCUGAGAGCCGGCCCCGCGCCACUGAGCUCUGCUUCAUCGCCGUGGACCGCCGCGGCCUGAGCGUCGCGACGAGGACCGACGAGGGCGUGCCGCUGCCCCCGCGCGUCCACGACAAGCUCACAUUUUGCAUGGAGCCCAACAAGGUGGUGGAUGCGGAAGCCGGGAGACUCACCGGACUGACCAACGACAUCCUGGCGCAGAACCGGCGACGCCCGUUCGACGCUCGCGCGGCACGGCUCGUCCUCGACUUCCUGGCCCGGCAGGCGCCCCCCGUGUGCCUUGUGGCGCACAACGGCAUCCAGUUUGACUUCCCGCUGCUCAAGGAUGAGCUGUCGAGCGUGGGGGAGACGCUGCCGCCCGGCACGCUGUGCGCCGACACGCUUCCGGCCAUGCGCCAGAUCAUGGCUCACAACUCCCCGUGGCCGACCCCCGAGUUGGCGCAGCCGCCCCCCGGCGAGCACAGCCGCAAGCGCAAGCUUCUGGCCCGGGGUCGUGGCCGGGGUCGCGGCCGGGGCUACGCGAAUGACUACGGCUACGAGGACCCCAACUCGCACAGGAAGGUGGCGUUCGGCAAAAAGAACAAAUUCCGUCUGGGCGACAUCUACGUGCAGUUCUUUGGCCAUGAGCCGCCGGUGGGCUUGCACAACGCGGAGACCGACACGAUGGCGCUGCUGUCGAUAGCACAGCACUGCGCGCCGCAGCUCCUCGCCUGGAUGGACCUGAACGCUCGUCCCAUCGCCGACGUACAGCCCCUAUACCAGCCGGCGCCCCCCAAGGACGGCACCAAGAAGGAGGAGGGUGAGGAGGACGACGACGUCAUCGUCCUCCUGUGAGCCGUGUCUGUGGGGCCGCCCUCUGUCGCUCCACCUUCGCCGUUUCGGCGGAGUUAUUUUUUCAUUGCUGUGUACAUCUACCCUCAUCCGCCAGUGGAUCGGAGUGGGGAAAAAAGGUCUCUGCGCAUGUAACGGAGCUUCUCACGGUUACGUGCACCCACCUUUGCCGAGCUGCGCUUGACCGGAGUGGUGAGGUACGGUAAAACAAAAAAACAGCCCACGACCGUACAUGGCGUGGGGGAGGCCCUCAUCCAGCAGUGGAUUGACAAAAACGGUGGCACGUGGUUUUUGUGCAGUUCAGAGGCCACGAGGGUGGUUAGUCAUCGUCACCAUCAUCAGCUAUGAUCAGUCCACUGCUGGUUGAAGGCCUCCCCAAGCCGUCUCCAUCUCUCACACGAGUGCGAUGGCUGUUCUUCGAUUGCUUGAUAAUUGUUUGCGGAAUCGAGCGACUCAAAUCAUCGGAAAGCCCCGAUUAUAAUCACAGCCACAGGCUCGGUGGCUCAGUGGCAGUGCGAGCGGCUCGCAGCCCGAAGGUUAAAGUGAGUACCACUCUGGGGAAGUUAACAGCGGUUGUCCUGUGGAGGGACUAACCCCCCUCUAUAGGAAUGUGGAAUUUCCACCGCUCACUUCGCAGAGCUGUAAACACGAUGAGAUGAGCACCAAUGCCUCGAUGCUCAUUGGAGCAGGAGAUCACUCUGAAACCAUCACCACGGUCCUCCUUCUCAGCCAAAACGUCCCACUUACUGCUGGUUCGUCAACAACAUUGCCUUAAAAAUAUAUAUAACAGGCGACGUUUCAUAGCACAUUACUGUUGGGGUCAGCUGCUCGGAUUUGCUUUCUCCACGUGCUUGUAUUACAUGGCCCUUGUCCAGUUACAUCCACUACUAUUACCCUUGCAUAGAGAUCCAUAGACUUACAUAGAGACCCAAACACUUUCAUAGAGUUAUACAGAGAUCCAUAGACUUACAUAGAGA